AUAUCGACGUCAAACAUAAAUAACGUAUAUGAUCGUUUGUAUACAAACUCAUUCUAUUCUGAAGGGGUUUUUUGAUUUUCUUCAUUUCACCAUACUUUUCAAUCAAAAUUAUUGAUUAUUUUGACCAUUUAGAAUAGUCAUGGCUUUUCGACAAUUAAUUGGAUCAACAUGGCAAAAAUUGCAAUCACAUGAAUCUAGAUUAUUAUCAGCAUCAUUACAACGAUACAAAUCAUCAUCAUCUAGAGGUGGAUUUUUAAACGGUGAUUGUGAAGAUAAUUCUAUAGUUCUUUCCGAUCCGGAAAAAGUUUCCCGAGUCGAAAGUCUUAAGAAUUCGUAUGUAACCGUAGAGGAACCGAAUACAUUGUCUAAUAUAUCGGGUAUACCGGCUGAACAUGUCCAUAAUCGACGGGUUCGAAUUUAUAAACCAGCAAAAAAUUCUAUGCAAUCCGGUACGUUUGAUACACAAAAUUGGAAAUUAGAUUUUGAAAAUCGUGCACGAUGGGAAAAUCCAUUGAUGGGAUGGACAUCAACUGGUGAUCCUAAAUCAAAUCUACAUCUAUGGUUUUCAACCAAAGAUGAUGCUAUAGCCUAUUGUGAACGUAAUGGAUUCCAUUAUGAAGUGGAUGAAACACAUGAACGUCGUAAAUUGAAAAAAACUUAUGCAGAAAAUUUCUCAUGGAACAAACGAACACGUGUCGGUUCUAAAUAAGAAUCAUGGAUGCAAAAAAAAAAUUUUA